CCUAAUCAAUCCGCUAAUGAAGCUGUUCUAUUUUCUAUGCUUUACCUUAGAAAAUUUUCGUGCCGUUUACGACACCUUUAACUCUAUAAAUAUGGCUUUGUAUUUUUCUGCUUUUACUGAUCUCUCUUCAGACAUACAUCUCUGUUGAAUGAAUUUGCAUAGCUUUUUUAGUCUUCCAUAAGUAAGCCGCCUCUUCUUUUGCAGUGAUCUUCGUCUUUAUAUAAGCACUGGCUUUUAUUCCAUAUGGAGAAUUAUCAAAUGUUCUUUCCUAUCUCUUCCCCAGCAGCAUCGGCUUAUCCGUUGGCACCUUUGCCAGUAAACAUGGCACCUAGUUCUCAAAUUUUUAACAAUUUUCAUGGGAAUACCUCCAAUGGGCUCUUGGCCUUGAAGACAGAAGAAAACUUCAUUGAGAAACCAGAAGUUAAGGAACUUGUUCAGAAUGGGAAAUUUGUAGGUUCUGAUGAAACUGGGAUGAAAUCAGGUAAAAAAAACGAAAAGAAGAUUAGGAAGCCUAGAUUUGCUUUUCAAACAAGGAGUCAGGUUGAUAUACUUGACGAUGGAUACCGUUGGAGGAAAUAUGGGCAAAAAGCUGUUAAGAACAACAAAUUUCCAAGAAGCUACUACCGAUGCACACAUCAGGGAUGCAAUGUAAAGAAGCAAGUCCAACGUCUAACCAAAGAUGAAAGUAUGGUUGUGACGACUUACGAAGGGAUGCACACUCAUCCUAUAGAGAAGCCAAUUGACAAUUUUGAACAUAUCUUGAGUCAAAUGCAAAUUUACACACCCUUUUGAAACUCAUCAUCAAUCUUCGUCCGUGCAUAUAUAAAUAUAUAGCUAGAUGACCAAAAUGCUGUAUGCUUAGUAAAGACAUACCAACCUUGAAUUUCUGUUAAUCCUUCCAUAUGAAAUAAUAAAUUUGUAAUCUUACAAGUUUUCUUUUGUUUUUUCUUCUCUUAUACUUAAUUACUUAGGAAAUGGGAGGGAAAUUCAAACCUGAAACCUCAUUUUUGGAGGUAAUUAAUGGUAGGUCAUUUAGACAUUGUGUA